UGUGUUGGAGAAUUCUGCAAACACGUCUCACCCCUCGCUCUGAAUAGUGUGCUGUGGCAUUUGCAAGUCCGAGUUGCUCUGAAAGUCACUUUUGCAUAUAAGUGCGAAAGGAACGUUAAAGUUGCUGUUGUUUAUCUUGUGAACUUUGAUAUAGCAAAAAAUAUCGAGAUAAGAUUUUCUUUACGGUGGAUUCUCUUUUGCAGUAACGCAUUCUUUAGUUUUUGAGAACUUGCUUCUGGUUCGUCUAUUUCUAUGGAAGAAGGUGCUACACGAACCGAUCACAAUGAAAAAGAAAACUCGAUCUCAACUAGCCCGGACUCUGGUAUGUGCGAUCUGGACACCAAUUCGGACGACCAAACGAAACCUCCUCCUUCAGAAUCUGCCAGUUCUCCUCCCCCCAGAAGCCAGCCUUAUCCCGAAGGUCGAUUCAGAUACACGCAGAAUUACGAUCCUUUCUUCUUUAAGUACGCCACUGACAAUCGCAAGCUGACUCUGCUCAAGUCCCUCAGCCAGGACAGCGAGUACUCGCUGGACACCUCCCUCUUCGACGCCGAGGAAUUCCUGCAGGACAUGGGGUUCGCUGGUAGCUCGGAUCCCACCAUCCCAGACAGAUUCUUGCCGUCUCUGAUGCAGAGGCUGUCCAAAUUCCCCGAAUCAGAAAUGGAGAGCUUGCAUCACAGAAUCGUGCAGUCCAUUGGAUGCUUCAGAAGAAAAGAAGGAAAGAGAAGACUUUUCCGCAAUCUUAGCAUGGGCAAGGAUUCACCGGCAGAUCAUUUUGGGAAGAAUCAUUUGCCGUGCCCUUCCAACAAUUAUCCUCUCCUACGUUCCAACACUGGACCUGCUGAAUUCCCUUUUAACGAGGCGACAACAUCCGCUUUUGAGGUCUCCCACAACAACUCUUUGAAAAAUGGGUGCUUGAGCUCAAGUGACAGCGGGCAUCACUCGAUGGAUUCUUUGAAGAACGAAGGAGAGUUACCGGAAAGUCCCAUCGCUAUUCUUGUGUCUUCCGCUAGUGUCGAACAAGAUGACAAGAGUCUACAAGAAGAUACGGACAAAGGCGUGCAAGUCGCAAUGAAUGAUGAUGAAGUGCUUUCAGAUGAUUUUUCCAGUGAUUCACCCCCAGCGGCAGAAAUUAUCCAGAAGACAUCAGAUGGUGAAUUUAUGAAUACUGUUCAUGAAAUACAAAAAUUGACUGAUGAUAUCGCUAACAAUGAGGAUUUAGCCUCAUUCUCCAAAAAUAGCGAUAACGCAACUGAAGAGACUGAAUUGGAUCAAGAAAAUGCUUCAGAUUGGGAUGAAGAUUCAACUGCAGAUUCCAAAUGUGACAGAUCUAGCCCAGAGGAAGAAAAUCUUCCAGAAUCAGUUGAGGAUAUCGUUGUUGAAGCCGAGAAUCAGAUUUCAUUACUGCAUUGUGACAAAUCUGUUUUACCUAAAAAGAAUGCUCCAGUGAAACGGCCUCUGAGAAGAAUUUCAAAUGCUCAAAUCUACAACCCUUUGAGACAUUCAAAGGGAUUUGGAUCGCUUGAGCACCAGAAUAAAGUAAAUGAAGAUGAUGAUUUAGAUAUUGAACAUUCCAGUGUGCUUGGAACAACUCCAACAUUUAAUGAAUCAAAUGAUAAUACCAAUCCUUUCAAAAUUUCAGAGUGCGACGAUGCUUCUAGGCAUUCUAGCGAGAAUUGUGGUUUAUUAAGCGAAUCCAUACCAAAUUUUAAAUCAGACUUUUCUGAAAUAUCUUCUGAUAAUAUUGAUUCUAUUCCAUUUUCUUCAAAAGAAAAAAAAAUCCCUUCCCUUUCUUCCAAUACUGAUUCGUCACAGUUUUGUUCCAGUUUCUUAGAUUACUCUGAAAAUUCUUCAAAUAGAAUGAUUGCUGCUGAUGGCAAUUCAGGAAAAGAAACUCUUUCGUUUACUAAGCGAAAGUUUUGUAGGGACGACUCUCUAACAAAUUUCCUCUCUUCUAUGUUAGGCAUGUCUGAAAGUGAUUCAGUUUUACAACCUUAUGUAACUCCUCUUAAUUCGCCUGUUGAAAACCAAAGCAAAAGUGAUAGUGAAAUACUGCAGGAUAAUUUUUCUUCAGAAAAGUUUUCUGUACAGUAUGAUUCUAACAAGGCCCAGUCUUCUGAAGUGGUCAGUAAGACUCAUCGCUUAUCUCCUUCUGCUCAGAAUUUAAAUUCUGAUGUCAAAAGUGUUCCUGAUAAGCCGCCUAAUAGAAAACGGCGUGUUUUGCGACGGAUGUCUUCAUCACUGCAGUGUUGUGAUGAUGCAAAUUGUGAAGAUCCUGAUAAAUUGACUGUUACUGAAGGUUUUCAGUUUUCAUCCACUAACCCAUUUGCUUCGCCAAAAUUACCACUGAGAUAUACAAAAUCUGGAUAUCAUAACCAUGUUUCCGGUCAUCGUCCGGUCCACCCAUGCAGCUCUCUUCCGGCAAUGAAAUUGUACAGUUCGUACAAAAUUCAGAAUGAAACUGGUCACUAUACCAAUCCUUUUGCUUACACGACGACAGACGGCAUCCAGUCAAAUAGUGAUCCUGAAGCAUCAAAAUUUUACUAUCGCAAAAAAGAAAAACGAAAUUGCAAAAAAAGACGAUACCUUUCUACUACUGACACCGAUUUGUAUUUUAACUCUUGGAACCGCGACGCAGUGGGAGAGUUAUCAAAACUUAAUUCCUUUGAUGUUGAUAUGCAUAAUCAUGAGUGUUUACCAGAUUCUGUUUAUGACUGCAAUCCUGACACUCAUAACUAUUGCAUUUGUUCUUAUAAUCAUUCUAGAACGCAUCUCAAUGAACGAUACCCGGCAUGGGAGCAUUGUUUCCAUAAGGAAAAUAAAAUGCCCUUUUCAUAUUGCCACUUUUUCCCUUCAUCACAUUAUCAACAUUCGAGAAGUGCCACAUCCCGUGGCGUGAAAGAAAGUGCCAGAUACUGCAUGUGGAACUCUACUCCUGAUAUCAGGUACGGAUGUUGCAGUUCGGCGUUUAAAGAACAUUGCGGCAUAUCGAAACUAAACAGUGUCCACGAUCUUUCUUUGGAUCAUCGCGGGAACUUAAGUGCUGCUUCAUCAUUUUGCGAUGAUGCUCACCUUUCAGAUGACGUAUUCUUUCCUGAAAAAGUGCCUAAUUGCUGUGCUCAUAGUAGUCAUCCACCAGAUAACGUCCAAUCAAAUAACAGUAGGAGACUUAAAGUCAGAUUGCCUCAGCGACAGAAUAGCAUGUCGAUUGAUGAUGCAGAUGACCGUCCAUUUCCAAAUCGGAAGACUAGUAUACAUCGGAACGAUUUUCAGAACAUUUUUUGCAAAAGUGGUUUCAUAUCCGGUGAAUGCUCUUCGAACUCGUCUUCACCCCCAGAUGGUCCUUCUCGAAAAGUUAGCGUAAUUACUUCAGCUCCAAACAUUCCGCCUGAUUUGCAAAAAAAAGUUCAACAUAAUGAAAUGAAUCCAGUCCCCGCUCAAGACAAGCUGUUGCAUUCUUUUGAUUCUCAUUGUACCAAUUCGAUUAAGAAUGGACCAAACUUGAACAACAAAAACGAAGCUCUCCUUGAAAGAAAGAUUCGGAUUUUUUCUAAAUUCUUUACGAAUUUAGGUAAUCUAUCUAAAUCUAUUCAUGAUAGGCAUUCUGAUAACGAACACAAAGAAAAGCGCAAUGCUCGUUUCUAUGACGUUAUUGGAACUGAUAAGCCGCGUAAAUCCGAUAUUCGGGUUGAUUUUAAGGCAAUACCUCCUCGGAAGUGCUCGACGCCUCCACCAGAAUUCGACAGGCUGAUCAAAACUCGCUCUAGUAGCUUGGAAAGUUCUGAUGAGUGUCAUAGCACUAAUAGAGAAAUAGUACGUCCAAUUUAUGAGAAUAGAGUCGUACUACAGGCCAUUCCUAGAGUUGAAGGAAAUCAGAGACAUUUCAAACCAUUGCAGUUUACUUCUUCUGUAUCAAUGUAUAUCAAUUCUGAUGAAAACAAGGAAGAGUCUAACUUCCGCAGGAAAGAUGAUUUGGCACAAAUGGGCUUAAAUAGAGAGGCUUCAUUUACAAAAAGUGACGAAAAUUCGAGGCCUUCGUCACAGAUGUCGUUUAAAGUUGCCUCCAAAGAACUGGAAGAUCUCCAACAAUCCAUACAGAAAGCCAAAGAGAUGCGAAUGUCUGCAUCGAAGGAGUUGCAUCUUCUGCAAGAAUUGCUUUCGGGAGAUGACAAUACCGAUGGAAAGAGUGAAGCAGAAAAAGGGAAAAAGUUUCCAACAGUUCAUCCUGCUGUUUGUCUGAAAGAUGCUACUUUCAGAAGAACGGAAAUAAAAGAAAAUAAGGCUUUGAAAGAUCUGAGGGAAAAGUCAAAGAAAGAAGUAUUGGAAGACAAUUUUUUAUGGCAAGAAGAAAUCAGAAAAGUUAAAGAAGAAACGAAUCGAGCGUGGCAAGAGAAGUUCGAUCGCAUGGAAGCCCGAUUAGCAAGCCAAGAAGAGGAACUGCGCCGGCUUCAGGCGGAGAAUGAAAAUCUGCAUAAGGGUCUGGAGUUGCAAAGGUUGGGUUCCCCCACCUGUCAGUGCCGGUCAGAAAGUGGUCAGAAUGGGUUCGGACGCAUUGAUUCAGCCUUUGAAGAUGACGAAGAAUACUUCAACCACAAGCCUUCCAUUCCUAUCCAGUCCACAAGACAGGAAUGUGAUAGGCUUCAGGAACGACUGACAGAAGAAGAGCAAAGAGCCGAUCAAUUAAAACUGCUUCUCAAUCAGAAACUGAUAGAGUUCAACAAACUUCAGAUCACUUUGUCUAAGCAAACAAAGGAGAUGAUUGAACUUGAAAAGUCGUAUCUUCAACUUCAGUGUCGUCUUCGAAAGGGAACCAGUAAACCAAUGGUGGCCCGCCUUUGUUCUAGAACUUCUCCAUUUAACUCCAAGAAUCUCUGUCCAAAACCAUCUCCACCAGCUACACCUCAGCCCAAUAGUGUUUCCUAAUAUUCCAUAAGCAUGUUCCUAAGUCUUCCAUUUUUGUGAUUCCUUUGGACCAAUAAGACUUGAAUCAUCCUUGCUGUAUUGAUGGCAGGCUUUUUUAGAAAUACAAAUCACACACAUACAACUUUGGUCUUGUAGGAAUCUCAACCUCAUUGAACAUUAUCUCAAUUUUGCUUGCUUUCUGUAUUAGUUUAUUUUUAAAGUUGAAAUAAAAACUUACUGAUUCUAAUUAUUUUGAAGGCAACAGUAGAAAAAAAAUAGGAAUAUUUUUAUAAGAGAAGUUUUAUAAAAACCAAAAAUUGUUAAUUUCAACUUUGUGAAAGCUGCUUAUGAAAUUAAAUGAAGAUUGUGUUCCAUUAUACAUUUCCAUCAAGUUUCAUUUGAAAGAUUUUAUAGCAUCAUAAAAAGGAAAGCUGGAACUGCAUUGGAAGAUAUUUUUUAUCAAGAUACAAAAUGGAAAUUUUAAUUCUUCGGUUAUAAUUUAAUUUGAAUUGUUUUCAAUAGAACCCUUAAGAAGCUAAAUGAUGUAGAGGAUAUUACACUGCAAGUUUGUUUUGCUUCUAAAAUGAAAAUCAUUUUAUCUUGAAAAAUAGAUUUGUGUAUCCUAAGGUUCACUUUGCUUUUCAACUACAGUACCAUUUUCAUCUGGAUUUAUAAAAUGAAGAGAAUUUAUUUCAGUCUAGUUGUCAAAAUUCUAAUGUUUCUUAUAUUGAAUAACCAGUCAUUUUUUUGUUACUAAAAAAAACAUAUCAUUGAUUUAGCUUUAUGUAGACAGUUAUUUGUAUGUCGAUAUUAAUAUUAAAUCUCAUUUAUUGAUUGAUAUUUCUACUGUUUAAAAUUACAAUGGGAGCAAUAAUAUAUAUAUGAGCUGUCUUUAAUCAAAUUAAAAUUUUCACUUAGUGCCUUCUUUUCUUUUGAUAUGGAAGGAAUUCACAUUCAAUAAUCAAUUGAAUACAAAAUGCCGAGUAAUAAAUUGUUCAAUAAUAUAUUAGAAGUGAAUAUAUUUCUAUUUCAAUUUAUUCACUUUCUGUGAAAGAAAAGUUUAAAGUUAAAUAGUUUGCAGUAGUUUUUAUGGUUGUACUAAACCUUUAAAUUUGUUUGUUAAAAGUCGUUAUUUUAUUAAUUUUAAUUAUAUAGUUAUUCUCCUUAAUUCUUUCAUGCUCAUAGAAAUAUUUUACUUUUAAACCUCUAUGAAUUGUUUUUUUAAUACACAUUACAACGAAAGAAGCAAUACUAAAUAUGCUUAAAGAAUUGUUAGAAAAUCAUGAAUUCAUUAUUUCAUCCAAAAUGUAUGCAUAGCAUAGAUAUAAGAUUUAUGAUCUGUUGAAUUUUGAGAGAAUUUUGUGCCAUCUUUGUUUAAUUCAAAAUUACAGAAAUCCCAUUUUAGAAAUUUGGUAUAACUCAAAACUGCUUGUUAAUUACAAAAAUAUAUACUAAAUAUAUUUCAGAUGAUAUUUUCAUAUAAUUAAUUUCAUUUAAUCUGAAAUGGUUUAAAUAAAUACAGUACUUUUUCAUUACAGUUGUAUACCCAUGUACUUAUUAAAAAUUAAAAUAGAGAGAUUUCAAAAGAAUAACAAAAUUGUCAAAGUAUGUAAAUUGUUUAGAACUAAUUUAUUAAUUUUAUUGUUUUAUUAUAGUUGUAAUUCAUUAAUAAGCUGCAAUUUAGAAUAAAAUAUUUCAUUAGACAAUCAAUAUAUAUUUAUGGUUAAAAGAACACUCUUCUAAGCCAAGUUUUAAAAAUAAUGUAAAAUAGUAAUUUCAUUUAAUUGACUGUCAGUAUACUCAUUAUUGUAUGAAUGGUAAAAUAUCAAAAAGAGAAUUUUGAGCAUCUAUGAAAGAAUUUUUAAUAUAGGAGAGAUUAAACAGCAAAUGUAAAUAAAUUUUUUUUUUUAAAGUUACGAGUAGUCCUAAAAUUCUUUAGUGGCAAUUUAAAAAAUAUUUAUAGAGAUUUAGAAUGUAUAUUGUGUACAAAAUGUUUUCAAAAUUUUAUUUAAUUUUAGCUAAAAGUAUUGUUAUUCAUAUAUGAAGAUGCUUGCUGUUUUCAGAAAUGUGAAAUUUUAAAAGCAGUGCAAUAUUUAUUGUACUGUAAAAAAAAAAUUCAAAUAUCUGUAAAAAAUUUAAAAAAGGUCAUAAGAUUUAAUAUUCCAAAAUAUAUUUGUCAGCAGAAUGUGUUAUUGUAUUUUUUUUAUGAAAUUAAUAGAUAUUGUUUCAUAUGCUAUUAUUUUCUUUUAUAGAAAUACUCCUGUCAUAUUCUAUAUAAAAUGCAUAUCCUUUUUUAUAAUGUGAU